AUGCCAAAAACAAGGUCUGCACCAGCACCAGCAAAGUCUAAUAAUGAAAAGCGGGUUAAAUACACAGAACCUUCAGUGAAUGAGUUAAAAGCACUUCACGAGAACUCCAAAGUCAAAGCCACUCACAAAGCAACAGACCAGUGGGUUAAAGCGUUAGAGGAAUUUCGCUCCGACAUCGGAUAUAAAGGCAAAAUCGAGGAAGUGGAUUCAAAAACAGUCUUGGAAGAUCAAUUGUCAAAGUUUGUGUAUGCGAUGAAACGACAGGACGGUCAAGAAUACCGUGCAACUUCAAUAAG